AUGGCCUUUCCGACGACAUCCGCGCAACAUCGAAGAUGGCCCCAGAGCAUCCCGUCUUCAAGCCGCACCCAGAUGUCCCUUUUAGUACCGACAGAUAACAGCAUCUACUCCGUCUGGAAUGAAGCUCUUGACAAGUACAAAGAUACUUUUCAGAUCGAUCUUCGCGAUACGCAGAGUCCUUUGGGGCGGAGGCUCGCCAAGUGCGAGUCUGAGGACGGCAUUCUGGACGCACUCCACGCAACGGUCGAGGAGUUCAGCAAGCGGCGCAAAGGCUCUGUGUCCAUGCAUACUGUCAGAGAAGUGUUGAAGCCGGUCGUAUCCGGGUUGAACGUGUUGCUCGACACAGGUUCGGAGGCUGUGUCCUCGGUUGUACCAGGUGGAAAGAGUAUAUUCGUCGCCAUCGGGGUAUUGCUCAGGGCAGCGGAACGAGUGACUGCGUGUUUUGAUGAUGUAUUGAAGCUUUUCAAGCAGAUCAAGGCCUACAUCGACCGUUUACACGUACGGAUACAAGCCACGCUAGGUCGCGAGGCUAGGACUCUUGCAGUCGAUGCCCUAGUGAAGAUGUUGAAUGCGCUCAUGCUCGCCACGAGAAUGAUGAAAGAGGGUCGCCUGGGCCGAUUUGUACGGGCUCUCCUCAACGAGGCGGACGAUGUGCGCGAUCUCAUCGGAGAUCUGGAAGAUAUCAUGAUUGAUGAGGAGCGCUUAUCUGUCGCGGAGCUCGUUGUCGGCAUGCACAAGUUGUCCUUGAGCUUGGAUGACAUGGUGUCUGCGUCGGUUAGGGUCGAGUCCAGCCUCGAGUCCAGCGUCAACGAACUUCGUGAUCGACUCGGUAUUGUACAUCACUCAUUCCACGGGCGAUUGGAUCAGAUACUGGUGUCCUUGCGUGACAGGGGCGAUGCUGUAGCUGUCACACAACGAUUUCCCCCAUCUGUCUCAUUGCAGCUAACGCUCACCCUACCAAAUAUCGACACUAGCUCUCUACGCGAUGCGAUGCGAUAUCUCGGCUCACUGCUGUCGUCAGCCAACGCAGCGGAUCGUGCCUUACUUGGCCAAGCUUUGACCAUUCUGUAUGCGUGGGCAACUCAUACAGUCGUAUCUGAUUCUAGGCAUGCCGCAGACAUGGCCCUUGCCACUACAUGUGAUCCCAUACAGAUCCUCACAACCUUCGUUCCUGUGGCCAUCGCGAUGCUCUCGGUGUAUGCUCUCUGGCAAUGCAUCUUUCGACCUCUGGGGGUAGCCGGCGGAAGCAUCGUUCUUAUUGAUGCACUGGGAAGAUCCUUCAUUCUCGACGGCGACACGUUCCUAUCGUGGCAGACAAUACACGCCUUCCUCCUUGCAAACUUUCGCGGUCAGCAAGGCUUGAGAUAUGUUCAAACCCGUAGCUAUAUGCUUUCGGACGCGGAACAUUCUCGGGUCAUUGAGCGAGAAGCAUGGUCCAAGCUCAUAAGACCGGGCAUGCGACUUGAAAUGGGUAUACUUCUACGGAGACCGCUCCUAACAUGCCCCUGGUGCCAAAGCACAAUUCUAAACCUCGACGGUAGCGAUGGACAAGUCUCAUGUACUAACACACCAUGCAGACGCUCUUUUCGUGCAUUCGGUCAUCGUGAUACUGAUGAUAGAUCAAGUGACCCUGAUUUACGAGAAGCUUCCGUGCAUUCCGAUAGUGCAAAGAGUAGCGAUGAUUCAGACCCACGAUCACCUCCGCUAGUUCCGGAGGACCAGCGAGAGCCAUCAAGGCCCUUACAGACAGGAGGCACUCCUGAGGCGGGCGAGGCGGAUGAUAUGUACAAAUUUCGUCAAAUCGUCGUCCAGUUCUCCUUACGACCAUCUUCGAGCGUCGAUGCAAAUCCCGUGCCACACGGCUGGGACGCUCUGCGCCCACACAGUGCGGCGGACUACAUCUGUGCGGGCGGAGGACCGGGCGGGAUGGUUGUCGGGCGGGAAGAGUUGGAGAAGACGGUGUGGGACGUUGUGGAUGGACGAGUUGAUCUGAGCGAGGAGGGCAGGAGGAGGAAGGCGCAGGGUGAUUCGUGGAGACCGGCGGUCGCGGCGCAUCCGACGCCUGCGUAUAUGACGUCGGGAGACUCGUACAGACCUGGCGAUCUAGCCGUCGUGGACGAUGGACCGCCAGUGUGCAUGGCCGAUGCGCGGGAUAGGCUGCCCGAGUGCGCACGGUUACCGCCCGGCGCUGGUACAGUCUGGGCGCACAUGACGCGCGCGCACGGGUGGAGCGCACUCACCAAGCCCGGCGCGCGGGAGUUCAUAUGUAAUAACGCGCCAAAGCGGAAGGAGUUCGAGAGGAGAGUGUGGGAUGUGAUUGAUGAGAAGGUCGAUCUGGGUCCUGCGGAGGUGGCCGUGAAGCGGGAGAGGAUAGAGAGCGUCUUUUUGGGAGGAGAGGACGAGUGGCCGGUGUGUAUGGCCGAUCCGAGCGAGAGACGCGAUACGUGCUCGCUCUAUAUGACGCCGCGCGAAGUGUGGGCGCAUAUGCUCUCUGCGCAUCGCUGGGACGCGUUGAAGCCCCCAGCCGUUGUGGAAUAUGUGUGUGGCGGGGAUACCACGCAUGCGUGGGUCAGCAGGGGUCUUUUCGAGAGUAGGGUCAGGGAGGUUAUGAAUGGCCUGGGAUGGACGACGUUCGCUGUUUUCUCUCUUUUGGUACACCCACAUGAUGACGAUGACCUCGAAAUGCACCCAACGCGGAAGUUCUCCCGCACGGAGAGCAUCAAGUUCACACAUCCGAUGUCUGAACCGUGA